GGGUCUGCUAGGAAGUGAAAAGCAUGGAGUGGGCAGUUGGAAAUUUGGAUGAUUCUGGUCGAAUUAAGUGUGUUUUCUGGAUUUAAGACGCAAGGAUUAUGUCUGGAUUUAGAACAGAUAGGUUUGAAGACUUCUAUGAAGUUGGCGAGGACAUAGGGAGUGGCCAGUUUGCCGUUGUAAAGCGAGUGACAGAGAAGACGACGGGAGGUGACUAUGCGGCCAAGUUCAUCAAGAAGAAGCGGGCAGCGAGCAGUCGACGUGGAGCAUCAAUACAGGAGAUCAAGCGGGAGGUGGAGAUUCUGCAAGAAUUGAAUCAUGAAAAUGUUUGUUCCCUCCAUGAAGUGUUUGAGACCAAACCUGAAGUGAUCUUGGUGCUAGAGCUAGUUUCGGGAGGCGAGCUCUUCGAGCACGUGUCCGAGAAGGAGCUUCUCACAGAAACCGAGGCUUCGGCAUUUAUCAAACAGAUCCUCUUGGGAGUCCAACAUAUGCAUGAAAAACAGAUUGCUCAUCUUGAUCUCAAGCCUGAAAAUGUGAUGUUACUUAGUCCUUCCAGUCAGAAUAUCAAGCUUAUUGACUUUGGUCUCUCCAGGAAGCUCAAAGCUGGUGAUGACUACCGAGAGAUGAUGGGGACACCAGAGUUUGUAGCGCCAGAAGUGAUAAACUAUGAACCACUGUGCCUUCUGACUGACAUGUGGAGUGUUGGAGUCAUCACCUACAUUCUAUUAAGUGGGUGUUCCCCGUUUAUGGGCGACGACCAACAGGAGACCUAUGGCAAUAUUACAGGGUGUGACUUUAAGUUUUAUGACGAAUAUUUUUCUACGACUAGCGAAUUAGCCAAAGAUUUUAUACAGAAACUCUUUGUAAAGGAUCCGAGAAAACGGUUAUCUGCUGCACAGUGUCUUUCACAUCCUUGGAUUGCGCCAAAAGAGAAAUCUCAGAAACAGUUGAUGCGUUCGUCGAGUAUCAACAUGGAUGGGAUCAGGGAGUUUGUAGCCAGGAAGAGGUGGAAGCAAUCCCUCAAAGUCGUAACACUAUGCAAUAGAUUAACACGUAGCGCUCAACUCAGUAAAAAUGGCAAAUCAACGUCGUCAUUGUGUUCGGUGAAUGGGGAGGAGGAGGAGGAGGUCAAGGGUAAAACCUAUCAGAGUGAAGGUGAUAACUUUGCCAUCGAUGCCUUAUUCUGUGCAAUAGAAGACGGGAACUUGGGCGGAGUCAAACAUUUGUUGACGAUGGCUGAACAUUUGGACAUCAACCAUCGGGGAAAGAAUGGUGAGACAGCGUUACACAUGGCUGCUGGUGGAGGACAUGUGGACAUCAUAGAAUAUCUCAAGGAGAAGGGUGUCGACUUGGCUGCAACUGAUAAGCAUGGUGAUGACGCCAUCUAUUGGGCUGCCAGACAAGGACACAUGGAUGUGAUCGAGUAUCUGAAGGAACAAGGUGUCAGCCUCGACACACAGAAUAAGGCUGGUGAGGGUGCGAUUCAUGUGGCUGCCAGGUAUGGUCACAAGCAGGUGAUCGAGCUCCUGUGUGACGCCAAGGCAGAUGUCAACUUAACUGAUAAGUUGAACGAGAGUGCUCUCCACAACGCAUCAUGGCAUGGCUUCCCUCAAAUCUCUAGUUUCCUUUGUACGGCUGGUGCCUUCACUCACAUACAGAACAAGGACGGUGAGACAGCAUUACACAAUGCCGUAUCCCGAGGCCAUCUUGACUCGAUGAGAGUACUGCUUCAUCAUGGUGCUGAUGUCAACCUCCAAGACAAGAUGGGUUGCAGUCCCCUUCAUAUUGCCUGUCAACGACGCCUUCAGCCUCUUGCUUUGAUGCUGCUUCAUGCAGGAUCUCAUCUGGACAACGUUGACAUGGCUGGUGAUAGUGCUCUCCACAUCGCGUGUAAGGAAGGACUGACAGGAGUCGUGCAGACACUCUGUGCCUUUGGUUGUCAGGUGGACAUCACUAACAAAAAUGAGCUUGUUCCAUUACACAUCUCUGCCCGGGCUGGUCACACGGACAUCGUUCGCUGUCUCCUCCUGUCUGGGGCGAUGACCACCAUCAAAGACAAGGAUGGUAUGACGGCAGAUAUCAUGGCGCUUGCUGGAGGACACACAGCCGUUACAGACAUGCUGUCACGAAUGAGGCCUGAGCGUCAAGACCAAUGCAUCGACCAGCUGAUCCCAACCAACAAACUCCAGUCGAGGAUACGAAUCAAGGUGUUCGGUCACAGCGGAGUGGGCAAGUCGACCGUCAUCAACUCGUUAAAGUGUGGUUACUUCACUGGCAUAUUCCGACGGAGGUUUAGUGGUACAAAUCUGCUGUUUGGGGCAGCGAAUGCUCAGCCAUACCCUCCACACAAAGCAACAGAAAAGCUAGCGGAGCGCUCGAGUAGUCUUCCAACACAGUUCUCAUUUGAUGUUGUUAAUGAAGGAUACACGAAGGGCAUCGAUGUGAACUUGGCAAAUAUAUCAGCUGCUGGCCUGACGAGUAUGUGGGAGUUCUCUGGUUACGAGCCAUACUACCUGUUGUAUGACUCGUUUGUUGGCGAUGCACACAGUAUCCAUAUGAUUGUCUUCAACGUGGAGGACCCGCAGGAGGUACAGCAGGCCCAGGUGCUCUUCUGGUUGGGCUUUAUCAAGGCCAGGGUGCUACCACAGGAGCCACUAGGUCCAUGUGGAACAGCUCAAUAUCCAACACGAGUCUUCCUCGUCGCUACUCAUGCUGAUAAAGUGGUUUGUGGUAAGAACGCCCGCGGUGAGACGGUCUGCCCCGUCGCUGAAGCCGUCUUGGAGGAGGCACUUAGACACCAUAGAUAUGACCUGGCAGUGUCCGACCAUGUCUUUGUUGUUGAUGCCCACCUUGCCUUGUCUGUUGAUAUGAAGAUGAUGAAGAUUCAUCUCUCGCAGCAGAAAACAGAGAUCAUCAAGAAUCUGCCCUGUGUGAAUGGUUUCCUGGAAGCUGUCAUCGAGAAGCUGCCGUCUUGGAGGCGGUUUGCUCCCACGUUCCCGGUGCUCUCGGCCCAGGAGUUUGUGGAGAACGUGCGCUCACGGGUCAACCCUCUGGCAAGUGAGGAACACAUGAAGGAACUGAUGCAGCAGUUACAAACCAUGGGAGAGAUCAUCUACAUCGAGAGUGGUGCUGAGGUGGAUUAUGUUGUGAUGAAUCCAAGAUGGCUCUGCAUGGAAGUGAUCGGUGAGCUCCUCUCUCAUGAGAAGAUCAUGCAAUCGCGGGUGACGGGAUGUUUUACGUUGGAUGAUUUCCAGUUGAUGUCACCAGAGUGUGAUGCUGGAGACUUGCUGCCGAUUCUGCAGGCGUUACAGUUGGCAACGCAGUGUCAAAAUGACGAUGAGACAGAAUAUGAAUUCCCGGCUUUUAAUUUUGUGGAGCGUCUUCACGGAUUGUGGGACAAGGACCUGAUGCGAUAUCCGGACGCUGUCUACGGCGGGAUUCAGCUGAGGGAACGUACACCGCAAGGCGUUAAUAGCCAACUCGUACAUCUAUUUCCCAGAAUUCAAGUGCAAUUACGGCGGAGUCUGUUACAGGAGUCGCAGGACACGGACAAUGAUUUGUAUCAGUGGUAUCAUGGGUCGAAGCUGUGUUCUGGUGAUAUGGAGUGUUUAGUCACCAUGGAACAGGAGGAUCAGGUCAUAGAAAUCAAGGCCAGAGGACCGAGACUAUUUCGGAAAAACGUCUUCUUUUUCUUCGGUGAUGCAUUGAACUUGGUUGAGCAGGUGAUCAGUGAGAUAUGCCCUGGGUUGAUCUUGGAGCAUUACUACCUAAGCGCCCAUGAGCUGCAUGAACAUCGCCGUCAGGUCCAUAUCUACUCCCCACUCGAUAUGAUUCAGAUGCAGCUGGAGGGAAAAUGUGAACUGAAGCGAAACGAAGACCAUGCAGAACAUGUGCGUGACAUUGUCUGCAUGGGGUGUGAAGAGGUGGCUGGAGAGCUUAUUCGUGGAGUUGACCUCCAUGUCUCCUACCUGAAGAUUCAUACCAAGCAGGUGUUGAGUAAGUUAUUAGACCCACCGGAUCAGUUAGGUAAGGACUGGUGUCUGUUAGCACUCAUCUUAGGCUUACAGAGUGAGUUACCCGGGAUAGAUACCGAGUGGAAACGCAUCAGCACAACAGAGAAGAUCCUUGUGGAAUGGGAACAAAAUGAACAGAAUACGAUUGGUUGUUUGAUUCAGAAGUUACGUAAUCUCUCACGAGAGGACGCCGCGGUUGCCGUAAUGUCAACGAUGGUCGCAUAUCAGUACAAUAGUGUGGAGAGCUACGAGAGUGAUGGUCAGACGGGGUUAAAGAGACUUGCCGCUGAGUCACCUGAUCAGGAACAGAACUCAUCAUCAGCGUCUCGGUGAUGAUGACUGUGUGGGCGACACCUGUAGGUCAGGUCCUGAAUCACACGAGCUGAGCAAAGCACUUUACUCUCUAUGUGUUAUGCUCUUCAAUCCUGAGCAAGAAAGUACGGCAAAACUGUUCACUUGUAUCUUUGUAUGUUGAGCAUGUUUGUGAAGAAAUCACGUCACAGACAUGAUUGAGAAGGAAACACUAAUCAAGUGAUUCUGCUGUGAGAGGAUGAAUCUGUGCUAAGGGUUUCAUGGGAGUGGUUGUGACUUUGUCUCAUUUGUACUGAUGAGACAAGAGCCAGGAUGUGACUAUGUCUUGCCUGGUGAGACAAGAACCAAUCUGUGUACAUUUAUCAUUUGGUUUUAAUGGAUUAUUCAUGUGAUGUUGAACUUUUUUGAUCUCGGAUAAGACUUCCUGUGAAACAAUUUGGACAAUUUCUUGAUCUUGACAAGUUUCUUGACUUCUCUUGUAAAGCAGGCCAUGGAAUAACAUGGUAUACAAUCAUCAACUCCCUGAGUUCUCCACCUUCAUACCAGAUCAGCAUUUAUGGAUAUAUGACCCUACACCAUCCAAAUAGACGCACUCUCCUGCAUUUGAAGCUUUUAAGCUCAAAACCAUUUCACGAGACGAGAAGGUAGCAAUAUUAGACAUUCAGACAUUUUUUGAGACGCCCAUUCAACGUGUUGCAUUUGAUUUUUUCUGUUUAUUUCAUUGCACUUUACAUAUUUUGGUUGAAUUUUCUUUAGAGUAUCGGUGCUUUAUAAGAAACAACUUUGGACAUUCAGCCAUAGGAGCACAAUGAUGAUUUCACCCAUUCUGGAUUGAACCUGCCUCCCUAAUAUCAUGAUAUGCUCCCUACAGCAUUCUACUGUUUUGGCCAGCAGAAUUGGCAUUAUUGGUUUAGUGUAUCUAUUGAAGAGUAUGUUUCAAAGACCGACGUCUUCAUCAUCUGGAAGCCGAGAACCCAUCUUUUCAAAAACUUUAAUGAUGAAGACAAAAAAAUUCGAAUUUUUACAAUUCUUCAAUCUCUGUACAGACUUUGUAAGUGUAGUGUAAGUGGUAUGAUCAACAAUCCCACCUGGGUUAUAAGGCCAUCGAUGGUGGGUUAUCUGUGUGUAAUUGAUCAGAUCUUGGAAUUGAACAUAAUUGGAUUGUUAUUUGUUAAUCUGCAUGUUGAUUGCCUCGCAUCAAAGAUUAAUUGUCUUGGAUUUCUUUUCAACCUUCCUCAGUCACAAGAAGCAGAGUAACUCCCAUAUGAUCGUAUACAGCAAUAGAAGCUGUGACGUCAGUAGGACAGCCAUUUUGGGUGUCAAUCUGUUCCCUCAACUCACCUCACCAACAAAGUAUGCCACAUGUGGAGGACGCCUUAGUUGAUGUUGCCGCUUCAUCAAGGUGCACCUCUCUUGUGUUGUCUCUCAACAAAGUAUGCCACAUGUGGAGGACGCCUUAGUUGAUGUUGCCACUUCAUCAAGGUGCAUCUCUCUUGUGUUGUCUCUCAACAAAGUAUGCCACAUGUGGAGGACGCCUUAGUUGAUGUUGCCGCUUCAUCAAGGUGCACCUCUCUUGUGUUGUCUCUCAACAAAGUAUGCCACAUGUGGAGGACGCCUUAGUUGAUGUUGCCGCUUCAUCAAGGUGCACCUCUCUUGUGUUGUCUCUCAACAAAGUAUGCCACAUGUGGAGGACGCCUUAGUUGAUGUUGCCGCUUCAUCAAAGUGCAUCUCUCUUGUGUUGUCUCUCAACAAAGUAUGCCACAUGUGGAGGACGCCUUAGUUGAUGUUGCCGCUUCAUCAAGGUGCACCUCUCUUGUGUUGUCUCUCAACCAACUGUGAAGUGGGCAUGUAUUGUACCCUGCUAGUAGUGAGGCUCAAUCCCACUUGAUUGGCAAGAACAGUUUGCAAUUAUGAAAAUGGUGUCCAAAAUGUCAGAAUUCUUGGAUGGCAGGAAUGAAGUCCAAUUCAAAUUUGUGAUUAAAUUAAAUAUUUAUCAAGAAUUUUCUUACUCAAUAAACUU